AAUUUGGACUAGAAGUGGUGCAUGACACGUGCAUGAUGACCAUGGAUGGUCUUCAGAUUGGCCGGAUCCAGAUCCCAGCUGUGAUCCCGACUGUGACCGACUCCAGUCGUUCUGGUCGUGCCUACGGCAGUUCUGACUGCGGGCUCUGGUCUUUGCAGACGCGCCACACGCUGAAGUUGAAGAGGUUUGGAAGUUUUUGGCCUGCGACACUAGUCACGGGCCUGGGGACAAGGCAACUUCGGCGCUCUGGACGGCCGCGAAGGAGAAAUCCCCUCUAUGCUUCAUCCUCGGAGGCUGGCGAAGCCUCCAACCUGGUGAUGUGCUUUGACUUCGACGGAGUCGUUUGUGACUCUGUGAACGAAAGCUCCACUGCCGCCUGGAAGCAUGCCAAAGAACUGUGGCCGAGCUUGGCUUUGGGAGAUUCACCAGAGCCCUUCUUGGAACCAAUGCGGCUGGUGCGUCCUGUGGUGGAAACUGGCUGGGAAAACACUUUGAUCAUCAGGAUCCUUGCAGAGGCAGACUUGGUCGAAGCCUCGCAGCGCUUUCAAAAGCGCCCUGCCAAGCGUAGAGCAAAUGUGGCCAGUUUGGGAGGGCCAUCUUUGCUAGAUGAACCAGAGUCAUCUUCGUCAGCCGAGCUGAUUGACAACCUUGGGAUAGCUGGACUGAUGUGUAAGAACAUUCUCGGCAGCUGGGAGCGAAUCAGGGACCAAAAAAUUGCCGAGCUGCAACUCGAUGUUGAGGAACUCAUUAAGGGCUUUGGCGACGUCCGAGACAGAUGGAUGGCACAGGAUCUCAAGUCCUGGUUUGGCUGCAACAUGGCUUAUGACAUUGUUCCUGACGUUAUGGUUGAAAUGCUUUCUCGUGGCGCGCAGGUGUUUGUGAUAACCACGAAGCAGAAACGCUUUGCAAAGGCACUUCUUGAGGACUUUGGAGUUGAGCUGCCGGAAGCGAACCUCUUUGCAUUGGAGGAUGGCCCAAAGACCAAAGUUUUAAAGUCUUUGCUCGCCAAAUCCGAGUACGAAGGAAAAGAGUUCCACUUUAUUGAGGACAAGCUUGGGACCCUGCGGAAAGUCGCAAAGGAUCCUGAAUUAAACGCGGUGCAGCUUCACUUGGCGUCUUGGGGCUACUGCACGCAAAAAGACAUUGAUGUGGUCAAAGCUGGCUUGCUGGAGGGCAUCUCACUUCUGAACCAGCCAGAAAUGGAGGCCUCUUUGGCUGCGGGCGUGCCUUCAGAACUACAGCCGCAGAGCCAUCACUUUGAAAGACGCUGAAUGUAAGACAGUCGUAUUCUAUCCGAUUGUAAUUCAAAGCUAAUUGAGAAGAGGACACA